AUGCGUCAAGGUUUAGACACAGAAAUAAAGGUAGUAUUUGUCCAUACUCAUAGAGUUUAUAAUGCUGAAGCAUAUAGCUACCUUAGAGUAAGUGAGGAGGUCCGCGAAAAUUUCAUUACCUAUUUUAAUGGUGGAAUGACCCCUGCUGCUGCUAAAACAUAUCACGAAGUACAACUCACUAGUUCUAUUGACGAUGCGGAUAAUAUGGAGUGCAUUCAACAAUUAGCUAAUGCACAAAUCAAUCCUACCGAUCGUCAAAUAUAUCAACUAUAUGAAACAUGGAGAUAUUUGGCAACAGGAGAUUCACAUCAUACUAUAGGUUUUUCUUUCCGAGUCGGACGUACUACUGUUUCUAGCAUAGUGAAAGAAGUAUGUGUAGAGCUAUGGAAUGUUUUACAGCCUUUAUAUCUGGCUACACCUACAGAAGAAGUAUGGAAAAAUUCAGAAAUUGGAUUUAGAGAGCUUUGGAAUUUUCCCAACUGCAUAGGAAGCAUAGACGGAAAACACGUGAGAAUAAAAUGUCCUCCUAAGACUGGGUCAAGUUUUUUUUGCUAUAAAAAUUUUUGUUCAAUAGUUCUGCUUGGCAUAGUAGAUCCUAACUACAAGUUUUUAAUUGUUGAUAUUGGUAGUUAUGGCCGUCAUAGUGACAGUAGUAUUUUUGAGAAUUCAUCCUUUUAUCGCGAGUUCAUACAGGGUAAAACUAUUUUACCACCUAAACCUUUACCUGGAACAACCACCCCAGUCCCACAUGUUUUCGUAGGUGACGAAGGUUUUAAACUAGAAACUUUUUUAAUGCGCCCCUUUCCGAGAGCUGUAGUUGCACAAAAUGAAGCUAAAAAAGUAUUCAAUAAGCGACUAAGCAGAGCACGACGUGUUGUCGAAAAUGCCUUUGGUAUUUUGGCACAAAAGUGGCGAGUCUUUUUUAGACCUAUUGAAUUAGAAGUAGAUACUGCAGAACAUGUUGUCAAGGCAGCUUGUUGUUUACACAAUUAUCUCCGAAGUACCUCUACAAUUGAAAACGAACCAUAA